CCGUGCAGACACUGCUGCGUGUUCACAGCGGUUUACCCACUUAUUCUCUCUUAGCAAGUUUAACUUAACUUCGUGCAGUUUAUACUAGAAACAGUCUACUUCCGGAAGAAGCUGAAACGCCACCAUUUGGGUUUCAAUCAACGCGGCUGCACCGAGAAAUAACUAAGAUGGGAACUGCAUUAAUUUAUGAUGAGGAGAUGACCAAAUACAAACUGCUCUGGGUUGAUCCUGCCUGUAAGAUCGAGGUACCCGAGCGUCUGACAGUGAGUCAUGAAGCUCUGAUCCAAAGCGGUCUGGCAGAUCGCUGUGUCUCCUUACCUGUUCGUGAGGCAACAGAUACAGACAUUCUGCUGGUUCACAGUGAAGAAUACUUGGAGGCAGUGAAGAAGACCCCCUACAUGACUCUGGAGGACCUGAAGGAGUUCACCUUGCAAUAUGGAGACGUCUACUUCCACCCAAACAUCUUUCACUGUGCCAAACUGGCUAUAGGAGCAACACUGCAACUAGUGGACUUUGUUAUGACAAGGAAGGUGAGGAAUGGCAUGGCUCUGGUCAGACCUCCAGGACACCACAGUAUGCGUAGUGCUGCCAGUGGAUUCUGUGUGUUCAAUAAUGUGGCCAUAGCAGCGCGAUAUGCAAAGCAGAAAUAUGGGAUUAAAAGGGUGUUAAUAGUUGACUGGGAUAUACAUCAUGGUCAAGGGGUACAGUACUGUUUUGAAGAUGAUCCAAGCGUGCUCUAUUUCUCAUGGCACCGCUAUGAGCAUCAGAAAUUCUGGCCUCAUCUAAGAGAAUCCGACUACAACUGUGUCGGCAAAGAGAAAGGGCUGGGAUUCAAUAUAAAUGUACCAUGGAAUGAAGUGGGAAUGAGGAACAGUGACUAUCUUUCAGUCUUCUGUCACGUCCUUCUGCCAGUUGCAUACGAGUUUUGCCCAGACUUGGUCCUUGUGUGUGCAGGCUUUGACUCAGCCAUCGGUGACCCGGAGGGUGAAAUGUGUGCCAGUCCAGACGUCUUUGCCCACCUCACUCACCUCCUGACGAACCUCGCAGGAGGGAAACUUUGUGCUGUGCUGGAGGGAGGAUACAACCUGACUUCGCUCCCCCAGUCGGUGUGUGAGACAGUUCAAACUUUGCUUGGAGAUCCUGCACCUCGACCUGACAACCUUGAUGGUCCCUGUGAAAGUGCACUUGAGUCCCUUCACUGUGUCCGAUCAGCUCACAGGCAGUACUGGUCCUGCCUCAGACAUGCAGCUGAUCUACCGACUUCUGAUAUCAGCACAAAGCGCAUUAAAUUGGCAGAAGCAUCAGAGAAGGAGGAAGAGGAGAAAAGUGUGGAGGAAAAGGUGUGGCCAGAGCCUCCAAAACGUGUCGCCCCUCCUAUUCGCACCGCUUCAGUCCUCCCUAAUGGUGUCAAAUGCCCGGACGGAUGUAAACUCUUCAGCUCAUCGGAGGAUCUCGACUCGGUCACAGUGAGCAAACUCAGGGAGAACUUCCUCAAAGAUGCAGAUGACAGCGAUGCUCUCGCAACCCUGUCCCGUCUUGUUGCCCUUGUAGAGAAAAUGGAGAAGAACGAGAUUUGCAGUGGCUUGGCACUGGUUCGUGACAUCUCCAUGGCGAUGAUGUGUGUUGUUCAGCAUGCUGCAGCUGCUCUCAGCAAACGGGUUUUGGUCGUGUGUGUUGGCGAUAUGGUGGUCCCAAGUCCCGGCACAGAGGAUGGGAAAACACUCAUGGUGCAGUUCAGCAACAAGGAACCAGACGAACAGAAAUCCAAAUAUUACAUUUCUGUGUGUCUGAAGAAGGGCUGCAGUGACGUGUCAGGGUUCAUGCAGGCCUUGUUGGGCCUUCUCCUGCCUCUGGGAUACCAGUAUGAUCCCGGUCUGGUUCUGCUGGUUCGAAUGCCAGAUAGUGGGGUUUGUGACGCCGUGUGGCAACACCUAACAGGUCUGCUGCAGGGCCUGGCACAGGGACACACUCUGGUUCUCAUGCAGGAAGAUGAGAAGGCCUGUGUUGACCCCACAGUCUCCUCUCUCCUUGGGGACGCUGCCCCCCCUCUGGGACAGCUUCAUGCUCCUCUUGCAGAGGAUGUGGAGGCGCUGGAGAGGCUAAGGCACAGACUGCAGGCAGACUGGAAGCUGCUGCAGACGACAGCACCAGGAACUGAAGGAAGUGAGAAGUACUGAAGCCGGUCCUGCCCUUUUUUUGUGAAGAAAACAUUUUGAAACUAUAUCAAUCAAAUGUCUGGAUAGCAUUUUGUCAUUUUUGUCAGGUUUUACGGUCCAAAUUGAACUUUUAUGAAAUACAUGGUGUCCUUAAAUAAACAAUGUUUUUUUAAAAAAAC